CCCUGGUAGGUGCAUACCCUGGAAUGGGUUGGGUCUCAGAGCUAUCUUAUUCACUAGAUGCGAGGAGACUGAAGGCUUUCUGGAGAAGGUGGCAAGGACUUGCAGGCAGAGAGGGGGCAUUGGGUGUAUACUGACCUCCACAGGCCUCAAGUUUGGAAGCUGAGGCCACAGGAGUGCAGAGGCAUAUGCAGGAUCGGGGCUGCAGGGGCUGGUCCAUCCAGGCUCUUACUCCAUCAGGCACAGACCUUGCAUGAGACUAGAACACAUUUGUGAAAUGUCUGAUACAAAGCAAGGGGUGUAGCGCCUGGACCUAGGACAAGGUGAAGCAACGUCCACUUUUCAGUCUACCAGCCCAGGAGGAGACAGCUGGUGUGGGGAAACCAGGCAGAUGCACAGUUGCUCCCUGGCUGGCAGCAUUUGAGACCUUCCCUGCCCCAGAUCCGUCUACCCCAAGCUUGUUUCUCCCUUUCUCCACAUGAGUAUUUUUGGCAACUUGUUGUGUCCCCACAAUUCCAAACAUCUGUGGCUCCCAAUUUAAGUCUGGUUAGUCUGCAAGGGAUGCUUUUUGAGCCCUCUGCAUAUGCCUAAUUUAUCCUGCGAAAAGCUGCAAGGGUCCUACAGCUUCCUCAAAGCUACAGUUGAAUGUGGACGUGGGGCAACUCUCACUUGCCCACCGUGGACACAGGGAACAGUGGUGGAAGGUUCUAUCUGAUCAUGACGGGGUGGAACCUGGUCCCUGCUCCCAGCUGCUCCUUAUUUGGUACACCCCUGCCUGCACUUCACCCCACCUCUACCGCCAGCGCCCUACUAUCUGGGACCAGUUUUGUCUGGCGAUCGCGGUUGCAUCCCCGGAGGGAUAGCCCCCGGCCCCUCGUCCCUCGCAGUCGGGGGACCCUUGAAAAUCACAUCCGGAAAGGGGGGCCUAGGGGCGGAGAGCUCCCCGGAGGAGACCGCGCCUCCCCGCCUCCCGCCCGCGGUGCCGCCGCCGCCGCCGCCAGCCGCCGAGCAGCCCCUCUCUCGGAACCCGCAGCGUCGCCGCACACUCCAGGCCAGCGGCUCCUGCAGGUGAUGGCGGACAAGGGUGCCGGGGGCCCGGGAAGCGCUGCGCGCCCGCCGCGAGGCCCAGUGCAGGAGGUGGGCGCGCUCCGAAGCCCCGCAGCUGGGGCACGAGAAGCCGGGAGACCCGGGCACCCGGCCCCCACAGGCGGCCCCGGGACCUUCCCACCUGUCCCGGGGCGCGGGGAAGCGGCCUCCGCAGCGACUGAACGGAGCCCGGGAAACGGCUUGGUCACGGACGAAGCCCCAGAAACCUGCGGCGCAGAAGGGUGGGGGGUUCAGGCGGGACCUGGCGGGAAGGCCGAGGAAGUGACGACGGAGGAGGGCGCCAUCUUCGUGGAGGAGGUGGAGAAGCAUCAGGCCCGAGAGGAGAUGGAGGUGGCAGAGAAGCUGGCUGGGGAGGAGAAGCUGGAGGUGGGGGCGCAGGCGCAGGAGGGCCCUGGGCCCCUGAACCUUGAGGGCCCAGUUGUGGACCCACUGGAGGCCAUCCAGUGGGAGCUGGAGGCUGUGAGUGCCCAGGCGGACAGGGCCUACCUGCGCCUUGAACGCAGGUUUGGGCGCAUGCACCGGUUGCACCUGGCCCGUAGGAGCUUCAUCAUCCAGAAUAUUCCAGGCUUCUGGGUUACCGCCUUUCUGAACCACCCACAGCUGUCAGCCAUGAUCAGUCCGCGAGAUGAAGACAUGCUCUGCUACCUGAUGAAUUUGGAGGUCAGGGAGCUCAGGCAUGCCAGGACGGGCUGCAAGUUCAAGUUCCGCUUUUGGAGCAACCCCUACUUCCGAAACAAGGUGAUCGUGAAGGAGUAUGAGUGCAGAUCCUCCGGCCGGGUGGUGUCGAUCGCAACUCGCAUCCGAUGGCACAGGGGCCAGGAACCUCCUGCUCUGGUACACAGGAACCGGGACACUGUCCACAGCUUCUUCAGCUGGUUCUCACAGCACAGCCUCCUAGAAGCCGACAGGGUUGCUCAGAUUAUUAAAGAGGACCUGUGGCCCAACCCCCUGCAGUAUUACUUGCUGGGGGAUAGGCCCCACAGAGCCAGGCGAGGCCUAGCAAGGUGGCCUACAGAGACCCCUCCUAGACCCUAUGGGUUCCAGUCUGGCUAAGUCCUGCUUGGUUCCUGGUCCCUACAUAAUUCUCUGCUUGGCGUCCUGUGCACCUGUGCUUAGGCUGACAUUGGGCACUCUGCUGUCUGCUUUCUCUUCUGUGCACUCCGGCCCCUCUGGAGAGUCAGUGGAUGCAGCUCCAAGAUGAUGGCCUUUGUGGCCAAACUCUUCUGUUUCCAUGUGGCCUUCAUGCAUCAUGUGACUGUCACAUGCCACAGUGUUUACUUAAAUACCCAAUGCUAUGGACAUGUACUGCCAUCAUCUUCAUGGCCUGCACCUAUCUUUGAUCAUGGCCCUCCCACCCAUUUUUGACAUGAGGACCCAUAAGUCAUCACUAGGAGGGCCCAUGCCUCUUAGAAGCCUCCCUAUUUCAAAGCCAUGACAUGCAGGGCUUCAUAUUUAUGCUGGCCCAACCCACUGGCUGUCAACCAGACUUGGACAUUCUAGGGCCUCAGGACCACAGGCCAGACUUCCACAGGGGGAAGUGGUGGAAGGUUCUAUCUGACCAUGACGGGGUAGGCCUGGUACUGUCAGGCACCUGGCAGAAUGGGCAUGCAGCCGGAGGGUGGUUGCUAGCCAUGGGUGAGGUCAAAGACACUAAGCAGCGGCAAUACGCCCUUAUGAUCACGCUGUUCUUACCCCUGUGUUCGUCCUACUGCGUGGCCUGCUACCAGCUUGUGAAGGUCUGUAUGGUGCCCUGUGUCUGGCCAUUGCCCUUCUCAAGAGUUUUGCCUGGGUAGCCACCAACUUUGUCACCUGCUCUGAGGUCUAUAAGGACCUCAAGAACUGGCUGUGGACCCAGGCGGGCCACCUGCUAAUGCACAAGAAGCAUGUGCUCAAGGCAGUGGCAAUGGCAUGGUCCUUUUUAGAGGCCCAUCUUCCUGAGCCCUAGUCACUAGACUCACACAGAAUCCAGCUCCCCCAUCUCUGCCUGUUUUAGGCCGCCAGGUUGAGGGCGUUUCUGGUCAUGAGGAUUGUCUGCACCUGCCCAGAUCUCGUAUCCUUCAUUUCAUUUUCUUUAAAGUGACAGCUGAGAAAUGAAACAACUGAAAAAGCAAGGUUUUUAGAAGCAGCUGGGAGACAGACUUUCUUGUUAAAUUUGCCUCUGUCUCCAGCAAGGGCAGGUUGUGCUGUAGACAAGUCUGCACUUUCUUUGUUCCCUCUGUUCCUAAGUCUCACCCCCUUCAGCAAGUCAUGGAAUCUUCAAAGGGGGACAGUGCAGGACUCAACAGAGAGACCGGAAGGUCUGGGCUCCCAGGACAGGGAUGGUUCAUUUAGUUUUGUGCUGUGUUCUUUCAGACUAACUUCAGCCCCAGCUCUACUUCCUCCACCAGGCCCACACCCCACUGUGGGAUCCUGUAGGUAGAGCUUGGCUGCCCCACCAAGUUCCCCUCCUCAGGCUUUCAGAGCUGUCUCCAUGUCAUCUGGGGCGUGACCAUACUCAGGUCCCUUCCCACGGGAGGCCUUAUCUUUUGCUCCUCAGGACCUGGGGAGGCCUUGACACAAAAUAAAAGGGCAGGUGCCCUCAGAAGAGGGGCACAGCAGAAGCCAGAGCCUGCUGGAAAAGCAGGGGAGGCUAGAGCCCUUGGGGUAGAGGGAGGAGAGCCCCUAACUUCCUAAGGGAGGUUCUUCCUGACUUUUUAAAUUCACCAAUAUGUGUUUAAACUUAGAAUGCAGAACACUGCAACUUCAGAAGUUCUCAGUCCAAGUAUGACCUUGUGUGUGUAUAAAAUUAAUGCUGAAUGCUUUUCACCUACUUUUAAGUAAGAUCCUAGGCAUCCUCUGCUCUGUUUCCACCCACCAGAAAAGUUGAGUUGUCCAAGCUGCUUGUUGCUUUUAGUUGAGAACAUUUACAAGAAUGUCAGUGUAAAUUUUCUGUGCUAUUAAAUUCAUGUGGCUCUUCAUGAUUGUUAUCAAGUUGCUGUACCUGUUAAUAUAAUUCUGUAUGUAGAAGUAGUUUAAAUAAGGUGGUUUUGUAGGAUUUAAGAUGGGAAAUUGUUCAAUGUUUGAGGAGAACCUCCAAAAAGAGAUCUGUACCUGCUGGUCUUAGUGAUUCUGUGCUCUGGCGGCAUGCUGUGAUUGACUGCUGAUGAGCUUCUAAACUGAGAAAUAUUCAUCAGGUGGCUUUGUCCAAUUAGAAGAGGAUUCAUGGCACUUUUGUCUUCUAUAUGCAUGAUGGAAAAAUAAAAACCUUUCAAUCUGCAUAAAAAAUAA